AUGUUGUCAUCAACCAUUCGUUCAUUAAGGUCUCAAAGAACUACCACUACUACAGUAAAAGCCAUAAGAAGUUAUGCAGUUUCACCAUCAGCACAAGCAUUAGUUUCAAAAUCAGUACAAGAAAUUGAUCCAGAAAUGGCAGAUAUUUUAAAUCAAGAAAGAAUUAGACAAAAAAAUUCAAUUACUUUAAUUCCUUCUGAAAAUUUCACAUCAAAAGCAGUAAUGGAUUUAUUAGGUUCUGAAAUGCAAAAUAAAUAUUCUGAAGGUUAUCCUGGUGAAAGAUAUUAUGGAGGUAAUGAAAUUAUUGAUAAAGCUGAAUCAUUAUGUCAAAAAAGAGCAUUGGAAGCAUUUGAUUUAAACCCUGAAGAAUGGGGCGUUAAUGUACAACCAUUAUCUGGAGCGCCAGCUAAUUUAUACGCCUAUUCUGCUAUUUUAGAUGUUGGUGAUAGAAUUAUGGGUUUAGAUUUACCUCAUGGUGGUCAUUUAUCACAUGGUUAUCAAACAAAUACUGCAAAAAUUUCAUUCAUAUCAAAAUAUUUCCAAACUAUGCCUUAUAGAUUGAAUGAAGAAACUGGUAUAAUAGAUUAUGAUACUUUAGAAAAAAAUGCUCAAUUAUUUAGACCAAAAGUUAUAGUUGCUGGAGCUUCUGCAUAUUCAAGAAUUAUUGAUUACAAGAGAAUGAAACAAAUUGCUGAUAAAGUAGGUGCUUAUUUAUUAUCAGAUAUGGCUCACAUUUCAGGUUUAGUUUCUGCAGGAGUUACUGAUUCACCAUUUCCAUAUUCAGAUAUAGUUACAACAACAACUCAUAAAUCAUUAAGAGGACCAAGAGGGUCUAUGAUAUUCUUCAGAAAGGGAAUUAGAAAAGUCACUAAAAAGGGUAAAGAAAUUCCAUAUGAUUUAGAAAGAAAGAUUAAUUUCUCAGUUUUCCCAGGUCAUCAAGGUGGUCCACAUAAUCACACCAUAUCAGCAUUAGCAGUAGCUUUGAAACAAUGUUCAGAACCAGACUACAAGCAAUAUCAAAAGGAUGUUAUUGCAAAUGCUAAACAUUUCGCUGAUGCGUUAGAAUCAAAAGGAUUUAAAUUAGUUUCAGGAGGUACAGAUACUCAUUUAAUUUUGGUAGAUUUAAGAUCAAAAAACAUAGAUGGAGCAAGAGUAGAAGCUGUAUUGGAAAGAGCAAACAUAGCAGCAAAUAAAAACACAGUACCAGGAGAUACAAGUGCAUUAUUUCCAUCAGGAUUAAGAGUUGGAACACCAGCAAUGACAACUAGAGGGUUUGGAUUUGAUGAAUUUUCAAAAGUUGCUGAUUUUAUUGAAAGAGCUGUUAAUAUUUCUAUAAAUUUAAAAUCUCAAGAACAAGGUAAAGUACCUAAAGAAUUAUUAGCAAAUUUCAAAAAAUUAGCUGAUGAAAGUAAUGAAGUUAAAGAAUUAGGUGAUGAUGUUGCUAAAUGGGCUAGUCAAUAUCCUGUCCCAGGUGAUAAAUUGUAA